AUGGCCUUCAUUGCAGCUCUGGGGAUCUUGAUGGCAGGAAUCUCCCCUGCUGUCAUCUGCUCUUCAGAUGGCACACUGGGAAGUCACACUGCAGUCCACCAAGACACUGGAAAACAACUGAACAGUCACACAUUGACCCCAAUCAACUUUGACUUUGCCUUCAACCUCUACAAGAAGCUGGCUUUGAAGAAUCCACAUAAAAAUAUUGUCUUCUCCCCACUUAGCAUAGCAAUGGCCUUAGCCUCCCUGUCCCUGGGAGCAAAUGGCAAGACCCUGAAAGAGAUUCUAGAAGGUCUCAAGUUCAGUGUCACAGAGACCCCCGAGGGAGACAUGCAUCAUGGCUUUGGGCACCUCCUACAGAGGCUCAGUCAGCCAGAGGACCAGGGACAGAUCCGCACAGGUAGUGCCAUGGUUGUUGACAAGCACCUGCAGAUCCUGACAGAGUUCAAGGAGAAGGCCAGGGCUCUGUACCAGACUGAGGCCUUCACAGCCGACUUCCAGCAGCCUCGUGAGGCCAGAAAGCUCAUCAAUGACUAUGUGAGCAAUCAGACCCAGGGGAUGAUCAAGGAACUGGUCUCAGACCUGGAUGCGAAGACAUCCAUGCUGAUGGAGAAUUUUGCUCUCUUCAGAGGCAAAUGGAACAUGACUUUUGACCCUCUUGAGACGUAUCUGAAAAAAAUUGAAGUGAAUGGGAAGAGGAUUGUGAUGGUACCCAUGAUGGAAAUGGAGGACAUGACCACACCCUACUUCCGAGAUGAGGAAAUGGGAUGCACUGUGGUGGAGAUGAACUACAAAGGCAAUAACAAGGCCAUGUUCAUCCUCCCUGAUCAAGGCAAGAUAAAGAAGGUGGAAGCCAGCUUACAACCAGCAACACUGAAGAAAUGGGGGAAAUCUUUGAGGCCCAGGAUGAUAGAUGAGCUCUCCUUGCCCAGGUUCUCCGUAUCCAAAACCUACAGACUAGAGAGCAUCCUUGCAGAGCUGGGCAUCAGGGAACUCUUCUCCACACAGGCUGACCUGUCUGGGAUCACUGGAGCCAAGGAUGUAAGAGUCUCUCAGAUGGUUCACAGCACUGUGCUGCACAUGACUGAGACAGGCACAGAAGCCGAUGCCAGCACAAGAGACAAAGACGACUUCCUGUCUGCUAAAAUCAACCCUACAGUUGUUAACCUUAACACGACAUUCCUGUUCUGGAUUGUAAACCCAUAUUAUGAGAUUAUCAGCUUUAUGGGCAGGAUUACCAACCCUGCACAAAACUAG